GCGUCUGCUCUGCCUUGCUUGGUCGCACAUCGAAAUCCUCAGACGCCGCAGAGGGCGGCUCUCUGCUGUGCUGUUCAUGAUCUUUGGUACAGUGCACUGGUCGAUACUUCUGACAGCCUACUACAUCGAGUACGAUGCGGCCAGCCCUGUGGAAAAGUCGCACAAGGUGAACUUGAAGAUUGACGCGGUGCCGGUUUACGUCACACGCGAGCAUGGCUCGGCUUUCACCGAGUGCUUGAUUAGAAAUGAAUGGAGGUACGAGGCCUGCGACCUGAAAUUGGAUACGGUAUGUGAAUUGCCGUUCUAUGCCAACGAGAGCUAUACUCGGGCGCUGUGUUUCGAAUGUGCUCGUCGGAAGCACACCGUGCUGCAUCACGGAGACCAUCACGAUGGGUCGGCCGCGAAUGACUGUCUUUGGCCAAAGCUGCCAAGCCAACCUUGUUUUUACAACCCUGAAGUGGGCGGUGGUGUUGUUGAUUGGCUGGGUCCUUCGGCAUGGCUACCUGGUGUCCGGCCUGGGGACGAAAUCUUUCAGCAAAGGAUCCUGGCUCGAUAUUCUGGAUGCCAUACUCUUCAGCGAAAACCUGUCCAGCGAUUGCAUUCGUUUUCCGGCUUAUGGCUUUUCGACGAGUGGGCAGCCGCAAAGGAGAGAUCAGGAGAGAUUGAGCGAGCUGCUUCGACUGAGUUCGGUCCGAAGCGCUACGCUACGCUGAGGUACCUGACCUGGUUAGUGGCUUUCUUGCUCGUCAUGUUCUCGCAGAUUCUCUAUGCGGCGGUGGCGCCCUACAAUGGAGAACAGGCCGGGCGGGACCUUCCGGAACGUGUCGGCUCUACACGCUUGUUUAGCUUCGAUAGCUUAGCUUUUCUCGCCGCUUCGAUCGGAGCCUUUCGACGAUCUUCUGGCUUCCAGCGCUCAUGGAGAGUGGGACGGGUGAAAGCACGGGGUUUUGUUGUCACGAGUGGUGCGAUCCGCAAGCGGUAUCUCUUUUCAGGCCGCAGAGGCGUCGUCGCCAUCACCGGCAGCUCCUCUGAUGUGCCUUGGACUCCCUUGGACACUAUGAUCCUGCCAAGCUGA